AUGUCUGCCUUCCGAGCUGGUCUCUCCCUCUGCAGCCGCCGCGUCACAGCAUCCUCCGGCAGGGUCCUGAGUCGACCACAGAACACCGCCACUUCCGCGAAGAGGUGCUACUCAGAUCUGCCCUUUUACGCAUAUACUUCAACAAUCGGCCUAGGCGGUCUUCCACUGGCGUUUGGAGGUGCUGCUGGCGUUAUGGGAACUGGACUUUACGCACUUGGGAAGGACCCACGAGAGAUUAAGCACAACGAUCACGAGGCGCAAAUGGCACUGAACCCGAAGCGAAUGUACCGGGAUUCGAAGUCCACACGGUGGACCGCAGUAUAG